GGGAAAUCUCCUGACACCCCUGAACUGGGACGAUAUUACUCGUCUAUACAAUCAGGAGACUACACAUAGUUUUACUAGAAAGAAAGUCCUAAGCAUCUACGGCGCAAUUAAAAAGGAUGUGAUUGUCUUCUCAAGACUUUUGAACAUUGAAGGUUUUGAUUGGAACUAUGAUUCUAACACGGUCAAUUGCAGUGAAGCCAUAUGGCAGUCUAACCGUCAUCUCCAUUGUGGUAAGACAAAAUUUCUAAAGAAAGGGCCCAAAUCUUAUAAAAUCUGGAAGGAGAUUUUUGCAGUUGAAAUUGCCAAGGCUAACAUGGGUCCUCCUAUAUUGGAAGGACCAAACGGGUCAAGUUUUAUGUGUUCAAGUUGCCAGUCCACACGUUCAGCGUCAACUUCAAAUAGUGGGAUGCCGUCUAUUACUAGUCCUGAGGGGAAGCCACAGCUGGAGGAGCAGGUUGCGUUUCUUGUAAGUCUUGGGGACCUUAUGAAUAAACAUAAAGUGUCAGCGGAAUAUUUCCCUGUACUUAGGCAGCAUAUUUCAUUCGAUAAUCUAGAUCUCUUUUGGUUAUGGUUCAAGGUGGAGGAACCCUAUCGACUUUCGAUUGUUCAGGAUUUUGUAGAAAAGAACCCUGUUAAGGAUAAUGUAGGAAAGAACCCUCUCUGAGUAUUCUGUAUUUUAAGCUCCAUUAUAUUGAGAGGCUUCUGAUUAAGUUUGAACUCUUUCCUCACAUCCGCGAGUUGUCUUUCUUUUCCUUUAGGAACAUUUGUAGUUUUAGUACCUCAAGAUCCAGUGCUUGUAUUGAAUCAAGUAAUUCAAAGUAUUUAGCAAUUUUCU